AUGGUAUUGAUCAAGUCAUCAAGAAUGAUUGAAGCUUCGUGCGUUGAUUAUAUGUCAGUUUUACUAGGGAAGCAGAAAGAGGAGGAGGAGAUAGCUCUUGGGCUAGAACUUAGCAAGGUGAGCUUUAUAUGGGUUGUGAGAUUUCAAGGUGGAGAUUAUAACAUUUGUACCCCUGAAGCCUUAUCGGAAUGCUGUUCUGAGAGAUUUGAGGAGAGAGGCUUUAUAUUGCAAAGAUGGGCUUCACAGGCAAAAAUACUUGGGCAUUCAAGCAUAGGGGGAUUUGUGAGUCAUUGUGUCUGGAAUUCAACCGUAGAAGGAAUGAUCUAUGGUGUACCAAUCAUAGCCAUGCCUAUGAAGCAUGAUCAGCUUUUUAAUGCCAAGUUGGUGACAGAGCUUGGUGUGGGCAUGAAGGUGCCAAGAGAGAAUGGCAAGCUUAAAAGUGAGGAAAUUGUAAGGAUUCUCAAUGAAGUGACGGUGCAAGAAGUGGGGAAAGAAUUGAAGGCUAGAGCUAAAGACGUCGGCCAAAGGUUGAGAGUGAAAGGAGAAGAAGAGACAAACUUAGCACUGGACCAAAUACUGCAGCUUAAUAAUAGCUUUUGA